CAACAGUGCAGAUCAUCUCCAACCCCUCGUCCUGCUCCUGUGACAGAGAGAGAGACGCCAACAUGAUCCUGCUCCUCCUUCUGUUCGCCCUGACCCUGGGUGCUGUGUCUCCUUCAGAUGGACCUGAGGUCAAGCUGCAGCGUAGAAACUGUCCCAUGUUCUGGUUCAGCUUCAACAACCGCUGCUACAAGUACGUGUCCACACAGAUGAACUGGGCUGAUGCAGAGCUCCACUGUUUGUCAGAGGGAGCCAACCUGGUGUCUAUCCACAGUCUGGAUGAACAUAAUUUUGUCAAAACCAUGAUCAAGAACUUUGACCAUGCUGAAGGAAAAACCUGGAUCGGACUCAGCGACCUCCACAAAGAAGGCAGCUGGAUGUGGUCUGAUGGUUCUGCAAUGGACUUCACCUUUUGGUUCUCAGGAGAGCCAAACAACAACGAAGGAAGAGAACACUGUUGUUAUAACAACAUUAGCGAUGAUACGAAAUGGAAUGAUGGAUAUUGUAGUGACCUAUAUCCUUCUGUUUGUGCAUCUCGCAUAAUCUAUCCUCAGUGA